CGUUUCCACCGCAGUCCGAGAAUCGUCGUCGUGCUGUGAAGGUGCGUUCUGCUUCACUGCGUUGUACCGGGUUUUGUGUCAUCCUUGGGACGCGUACGCGGAAUUAAUAUAAAUUCUAUUGAAAAUACGAAAUAGAAUUGAGGAGAGAAAGAAGAGAUCUCACCAGCAGACGGAGGAGUGCGCGCCCCCAUUGAAGAUGUGAAAAAUUUGUUUGGUGUGUGCAACAAUAUUGCUAAUAAGCCAUUGCGACAGUGUUUCUUAUUCAAUUUUCGUGUGCCUUGUGCGAAGGCAUCAAUUUGUGGUGGAGAAGAAGGUGAAGAAAGUGCUGUCGGGUGCCUUAUCAAAUGGCAUUUAUCACAUGAAGGAAUUGGAUUGUCUUGGGCGUGAGAGAAUCAAGAUGACAAAGAUUGGAUAGAGUGAAGACGACGCCCUGGGAGUGAAAUCAACGCAAUAUUGGGGAAUUUAUUGUGCAUACAGAAAUCACAUCGAGUGAAGGAUUUAUUUGCAAGAAAAGAGACAUCUUUGUGAAGAAAGUGAAGGUGAUUUGUGCAUCAAAGCAAAGAAAAUGAAGUGGCGACGGAAAAAAGAGCAAGAGGAGCUCAAAGAACCGGUGUAUGGAAACAACUCAAUGCCAUUUCUGGGCAAUGAGAAUUUGACUUUCCAUCGAUUCUCCGACGGUACGGUGUCUGUGAGUGGUCAUCAAUUUUCCACCGCAGAUGGAAAACGUCCCAGCGUUUCGAGCCACCAGAGUGACUUUGUGCAACCAAUUUGGACAACAGACACGUUCUCCAGUGCAGUGGGUACAAAUAUUGAAUUCCAGUACGUGACCCCAAGUGAGCAUAGCAAGAAUCUCCAUGAAAAUAACACCUCAACGGCUAAAUUGAUGGACACCACGGCGGAAGACGAUGACCAGUCCACGAAGCAGUCAAAGUGUUCCAUCUUCCGGAGCAUUGUCCUCUGCUUGUGCCUCAAUUUAACAUAUGCCAAUGUAAUACGUUUCCCACGUGAGCUCCAACGACACGGGAGUGCCUUUCUUGUGCCUUACUUCAGCCUCCUCUUCAUCAUUGGGCUGCCAAUUGUUCUUCUGGAGGUGUCUCUGGGACAAUUUCUGGGUCAGGGAUCUGCUCAUACAUGGCGCGCCUCGCCAGUCUUCAAAGGUGCGAGUUUUGUGGGACGAAUUGCGUCCUGGUUGAGCACGAUCUGGACAUCGUUGCAUGCAACAGUGGCUUUCCUCUACAUUGGGAUGCUCAUCUUCAAAUCCGUGCCAUUCAACUAUUGUGCGAGCCUCAAGCGACUUGAUGAUGGAUAUACAGCAGUUGGGAAGAGCGGUCAGGAAUGUCUCAAGCUGACCUUCCUGGUGCCAGUAUGGGAGAAUACGUUGUACUUUGGGCUCCUCACAAUGGCCCUCAUUGUCUUCUGGAUCGUCUCAAUGGUCUGCACACACAGCAGCAGAGUUGUCCGACGAACUAUCUUCACGAUGGGCCUAAUUGCCUUCGUGAUUCUCAUGCUGCAGACAGGCUGGGAGAUUUCACGGUCAGUCACAAAGGAGAAUCUCCCACCGAUGUGGCCAUUCGAUGAGAUGCUCCUCACAGAGAGUACUGUGUGGUUCAGUGCACUCGUCCAGAUGAUCCUUUCCACGAAUAUUGGCUUUGGGAUUAUUCCCGUGAUGACGGGAAAGUUUCUCUACAAAGGGGAUGCCGUGAAGACAACUUUUGCCUACAUUUGCUUCAACAUCCUCAUCACCAUGAUCGCCGUGACAUUCUUUGCAUUCCAAUUUCACAAUGAAUUCACCGGAACAAGCCCACUCUUUCCAGAACUCGCUGCACUCACGGCGAUCUAUGAUCGUGCUCAAGUUGAGGAGGAUCCAACGUUGGCAAGAGUUGUUCCAGGGAUCUCAUACCUGGUGGUUAUGAUUGUGGCGGGAAUUUCCAUCGUUAUCCACAUCUAUACGGCCUCUCGGAUUCUGCGGAAACAUCCCAACUAUACGCUUGCCUUUGCGGCUGUUAUUGCAUCCAUUGUGGCGCUCAUUGCUCCCGAAUUUGCAGCUGCACGACUUCUCGACACACGAUUUGUUGGCGCUUUCAUUGUUUGUGCCCUUAUUGUGGACAUCCUGGCAAUUAUGUGGAUCUAUGGCGCGAAGAAUAUCUACACAGAUCUUGAAUUUUCCAUUGGGCGUCCCAUUGUGAAGAUUUGGGUAAUUCUCUGGGUGCUAACACCCAUCUUCUUGGCCGGGAUACUCACGUGGUGGGCCAUAAUCUACAUUCCAAGUGAACUCCUGAUUGAGUAUAUGCCACGAUGGUUGCCGAUUGUUGUGAGUUUUGGGAUAAUUGUGAUUGUGGCAUGUGUGGAGGUGUCCAAACAGGUGGACUACAACUUCAUCAGCAUGAUUCGCGGUGCAACAAAGCCAUCCAAAGACUGGGGACCAGCAGAUCCACUCGUGCGGCACGCGUGGAAACAGUGGACGUCCAAGUGUGAAGACACAGGAGAGCGUGAUUUUACACUGAGACGCCGUGGAACCAAAGAUUACACAAAUUCCAUCAAGAGGGGUCAGUAUCCCCAUUCAAAAUACAACGGUCACACACGCAACACCUCCACACCGGGUAGCAGUUCCCCAAACUACAGUGGCUCCGUGUUCGGGGAUUCAGCCAUCGAGGAGGACAUCAGUGUGGACAAAUUCCACAACUUCCGUCAGAGCACACUGGGAACGUUCCAGCAGAACGACCAGAGUUCAUCACCACGCACCUCUGAGAUGUCCAAUGGGGCACCACGAUCGGAGCUGAAUCCACGCUCUGAACUCCCAAUGCGAUCUAGUCUGUACACAACGGCAAGGGUGCGUGAUGACAACAACUAUGCGUCUCGCAUUGAGAUUCUGCCGCAGGAUAGGCCAAACUACAAGAUCUCCCUGGUGCGGAAUCCCAUGGCACGUGCACAGGAUGUACCAAAUCCGGGAUUCCCCCAGCGCACGCCCUACCAUGACAACUACGAUCACUUUGUCGGGGGCUACGACAAAAAUGAUCACAUUUGUUGGCGAAAGUACUCCGGGAAUUCCGAGGAGUACUCCACCGAGUUGUAAAGGGGGGCCACACAGACGCUCAAAUCAUACCAUUUCCAUGAAAGCCUAGUUACUUAAUAAUAAUAAAUAAAUAAAUAAAGAUCAAUUGUGUACAUAUUUUAUAAAUAUGAAUUUCUUCAGGAGAUUAAAAUAUAUAUCAUUUAUGUAGUAGAAA